UUUGCGGCAGCGGCUGGUGCUCGGAGCUCGCGUGCUUCCUCUGGGUUGUUCCCUGUCUGAGGCGGCGGCUACCGGGCGGGAGCCGGGGCCUGGGGUCCAGCCGAGCCGGGCCGGGCCGAACGCGCGGCCCCUGGGCGGGGAUGAGCUGGGGCUUUGCCGGUUUAGGGCAGCGCCGGCCAAGUCAUGGCCAGCACAGUGGUAGCCGUGGGACUGACAAUUGCUGCUGCAGGAUUUGCAGGCCGUUAUGUUUUGCAAACAAUGAAGCAUAUGGAGCCUCAAGUAAAGCAAGCUAUUCGAAGUCUGCCAAAAUAUGCCUUCAGUGGUGGCUAUUACAGAGGUGGGUUUGAACCCAAAAUGACAAAGCGAGAAGCUGCACUAAUAUUAGGAGUAAGCCCUACAGCCAAUAAAGGGAAAAUUAGGGAUGCUCACCGAAGAAUCAUGCUUUUAAACCACCCAGACAAGGGAGGAUCUCCUUAUAUAGCAGCCAAAAUCAAUGAAGCUAAAGAUUUAUUAGAAAGUCAAGCUAAGAAGUAAAAUUAAUACACAGAUAACUUUAAAUUUAUAUAUACAUCAAUUACUUUAUGUAUAGGAGUCCUGAUGUUUUAUAAUAACUUCAUAAAAGCUGUAAUAUUUCUUUACUGGUUGCAUUA